ACAAAGACUACAAAUCACGUGAUCGGGGUCAAAGUUUAAUAGGUUCUUUCCCCGCGAAAGUGCGAACUUGUUUGUCAAUAUUUUCACCUUUCAGUCGAAUAACCGCCUGCUGAGUUCGACGUUUUCGCAUCAAUAAGGACGGAUUUUGCCUUUUAGACGCCGUUUCGAAGAGGUAAAAUGCCCAAAAGAGCCUGUCCUUUCGCUGAGACUUUCUCCUCCCAGUACAAAAUUCACAUUGGCCAAAAGGAGUUGAACCAUCACGGAGUUUUCGGGAACAAAUACAGACAAGAAAUAUACGAAAAAACUAAGAACUUGCUCUUUAAUGGAACCAAGGCAGUAAUGGGCAGGAUAUGGAAGCUGGAGACUGAGGGAAAGGCUUCAGAGGUGGAGAUGGCAGGACCCGGCGAGGCCCAGGCCGGAAGCCACGGGCUGCUGCGUGGACAGACCUUAAUUGGACAGGAUGGCCGGCUGAAGAGAACCACAGCAGCCGCAGGUGCUCCAGAGGCGUCCGCCGUGUGCUGUGUGUGUCUGAAGAUGGCGGCGUUGCGGAAACCCUGCGCGCAGUGCGAGCGCCAUGCCUGCCCGUCGUGCACGCGCCUCUGCAGCGGCUGCUCAGGCGUGUGCUGCUCCGUCUGCACCGUGGUGGAUUACAGCGAGCGCUAUGACAGAGUGCUGUGCUUUGACUGCUCAGCGUGACUGAAGAUGGUCUCACGGGAUUGAAGCCUGUAUCACCUCUGAUCUAUGGACUGACUGUUUUUAAUGCAUGUUUUAUUUGAACUGAACUGUUUAUGUAUUGUAACAUAUGCUUUAAUAAAUGUUGUAUAUACAACUGCA